AUGGCGUUCUCAAAGCUUGCCGUGACGACCGCUCGCCAUACGUCGAGAACGUAUCGGCAUAGCAUUCGAACCCACGAUUUCUUCUCCUCCAGACCUCCGCGGCCGAGGUUUUUCGCACACAAAACCUCGUUGUUAGUGGUGGCACGACCGAUUCUGCGCCCGCAGCUGCCUUUUCUGUAUCCUUCCUCUCGCGGCAACACGCUCCAAAAGUCCGUCGGACGAUUCAUCUCCACCGAACGCAAACAACGCUGGAAGGAACAAUUCUGGCGCUACGUCCGCAUCAAUGCCUACCUCUGGCCCGCGGCUUUCCUGCUUACCGUCCUGUCGAUGGGCAUGGUGCACACGAAGUUGGAACGGGACUAUCCCACUCCCGGAGAUUGGUCCUUUUGGAGUCGGUGGUGUAUGCGCGAGGCAAAAUUUACCGAGCUUGCAGACGGCGCCAAGGUGAACCAGAUCCUGACGGAUUGGGCAAAAGCUGGUCGGUUAUAUCUGAACGUCCUCGAGCGGCUGGAGAAUGAAAAGGUGGACGGGCAGUUCCUCAUCAAGCACGCGGAAACGGAGUCGUCACCUGCAGACACAACUGAAGGGUUCAACGUGCAUGCGAAGAGCGAGCCGUGGCGGCGAGGGUAUCACGAAGCUCUGAUGGGUGCUGCACGUGUAGCUGAACACCUGGAGGGCAUGUGCAAGCUGAAAGGCGACGAAGGAGGUCGGGUGUAUCCCUGGGAAAGCAUUCCUUCACCCAGCAAUCCACGCCCAAAGCCACUUCCAUACGACAGGAAGCACGGGCAUAUCAGUCCACCGCCUGCGGAGGAAGUGGAAGACGCUUUCCCCCCUCCAUCUGUUUUUUACGAGAAGAUCUUGAACACAGUUGGCUUUGAUACGCGGCAACGAUUGGAGGCAGCUCUGGCCUAUGCCGAUUGGUGUGAUUUCAAGGGAAACAACGCUGCAGCUGAGGGCCUGUACGUCAAAGCCGCAGAGAUUGCUCAAGCGGGUUUGCCGACGGGAACCGCAGAUGUGAUUGACACGCAGACGGGAAUGAUUCUCAAAGGGCGAGAAGAUGCCGUGAGCGAAAACAUCCUGCGAGUCAGCACUGCCUUUGGAGUUCAUCAUGUCAAAGACGGGAACGUCAAGAAAGCUCUCCCGGUAUUUCUCAGCGUCCUCCGAGCGAGAAAGACUCUGCCUGCAUCUCCUCUUGGCCCGGCCAUUGUGCCAUCAAAAGUCAAAGUCGAGAAGGAUGAAGGCUGGCUGUCUUAUGUGUAUGCUCUGAAAGAUUUGCUGGUUGAGAGGCCAUAUCCUCCACCUCCAGCCACAGGCAACGAAAGGCCAUAUCACACAUUAAAGGAAGCUUGCGAAGAAGUAGGACUCAUGACAUAUAUCGGUGAGAUCCUUUUUGCCACAAGUGAUAGCGAGCGAGCAAAAGGCCUCAGCUGGACUAGAGACAGCGUCGAAGCCGCCGAAGCGAUUAUGUGGGUAAUGGACGAACAAAAGGAGCAAGAUGGAAGGGAUCGAUGUCGUGAGUGUUUGGAAACUGGACUCCAGAACUGGAAAGCUAUGUCUCAACAGAUGGCACGACUUGCGGCCAAGAAGGAACAGGAAAUUGAGAGCGGCAAGGGCCUCUUCGGGCUCGGUCUGGGCAGAACACAACAGCUUGAAAAGGCUCGAACCGAAAGGAGGAGAUGGGAUGAGGAGAAUCUACAAGUCGAACUGCGGAGGCAGAAGACUCUACCGCUCCUUCAGGAGCCCUUGCAGCCCAUUUCUGGAGGUUGGCUAUCCACUCGCGUGUGA